CAUUUAAUUGUUUUUAUUUAACAUUACGUUACAUAUCUUAUCGCUUUGCUGUAGACGAGUACUUGGUACUUUCUUUAACUUAUUUUAUUUAAAAUUUAUAUUAUUUUUUCGAUUUCGCUAAAUAGUUUUGGAAUCACCUAUAAAAAUCGGUUUUCUUCGUAACUGUAAAGAUAAAAGUUGGUUUUGCCUUCAUACUCCAAGAAUCUUUGUUUAUUAGGAAUUCACCAGCCUUUGAAAGGCGUCGUACAAUGUUGGCCUUGGUGCUGUUACUCGUCAUGUCUCUGUUGUAUUGGAGCUGGUACACCAGGAGACGGUCUGACGAACCGCCCGUCCUGCCGGGAGCCUGGCCUUUGAUAGGACACGCAUAUUUGUUCAUCGGUGACGAGCUGAACUUUUGGAAACAACUGCAGUAUAUAACUUCUGAAUGUAUGAACAAUGGUCACGCGAUGAGUUACUACGCGGGACCAUACAAGUUUUACGUUGUAUCAGAUCCAGACGAUGCUUAUAAAGUGUCAAACACAUGUUUCGAGAAAGAUCAGUUUAGUCAUGAGUUCACGAAGGAGCUUCUUGGAGACGGCUUGCUCUUCUCUGCAGCGUCAACAUGGAAAAGGCACCGAAAGUUAAUAAACCCCAGCUUCAACCAGCAAAUUCUCGACGGCUUCAUACCAAUUUUCAACAAGCAAGCGCGACGGAUCAUAUCUCAGCUGCAGGUUGAGGUUGACAAAGGCUCUUUUGAUCAUUCACAAUACGUGCGGCAGAAUUUCAUGGAGACUAUUUGUUUGACAGCAUUGGACGACAGCAUAGACGCAGACGAAGCGGUGAGCUACGUGAAGUCCUUCGAGACGUACAUGAACUGCAACAUCUGCAGGUUCCACAGAGUUUGGCUCUAUCCAGAGCAGCUCUACAAGUUUAGCAAUAUCAAGAAAAGACAGGACAAGUGUGUUGAAGUUCUGCACAGGGUGUGUGAUUCGGUGCUUCAGAAGAAACGCGCUCAGCGAAAACAAACAAAAUCUUCGGAAUGGAAAGAUAAAAAUGGAGCAAAGCCCAAAGUGUUCAUGGACCUGCUGAUGGAGCUGGACGAGGGGCAGCUGACCGACCGCGAGAUCAGGGACGAGAUGAACACCAUCAUCAUGGCGGGCCACGACACUUCGGCGAACGUCACCAUUUUCGCCAUGGUUCUGAUUGGAUCACACCCACCAGUGCAAGCCAAGAUAUACGAGGAACUGCAAGAAGUAUUCGGCGGCACUGACAGAGAUAUAGAGAAGCAAGAUUUCUCGAGACUCGUGUACUUAGAAGCGGUGCUCAAGGAGACGAUGCGGUACUACGUCAUGGCGCCCUUCGUGGGAAGAUAUAUUGACCAGGAUGUCAAAUUAAAAAACUGCACCCUCAAAGCUGGGAACAAUUGCAUGCUGCUAUUAUAUGGUAUCCACCGGAACCCCAUGUGGGGUCCAGAUGUGAACGAGUUCCGACCGGAGAGGUGGUUGGACCCCGCCACGCUACCCAAGAACCCUAACGCUUUUGUUGGGUUUAGCCUUGGGAAAAGGAAUUGUAUAGGCAAGGCGUACGCCAUGAUGUCCAUGAAGGCUCUGCUGAGCCACGUGCUGCGAAGGUACCGGCUGCGCGCAGACCACAGGCAGCUGGUGCUCAAACUGGACGUCCUGCUCAAGCCGGUGACCGGACAUUUCGUGUCUAUUCAGGACAGAUUAAACAUAUGAUCAUAUCGAUUCACUGUUUCAUUUUAUACUAAAUAUUUAUCUUAACCACAGAAAACAUAUGUACAAGUCUUAACUAUUAUCUAAAAUGAUAAUAAGCGGUAUAAUUACGUCUAUAAAUUGGUAAAAAGAAAAUUUGAAAAAAUAAAUUUUUGGGGACCCUUCCUAAAGGCCUACCACCACCAAUUAGACUAGCUAACUGUUUACAAGAAAUUAAUUAAAGAACAUCUCUUAGUUCUACAGAAACAAUAACCAAAUAUUUUGCAGGACAGUUGCUUUUCUUUUUUUUUUGUCCUUAUUGUAGUUGUUUAGUAAUCUUAUUUUAUUUUUUAUUCAUUUUUUUUGCAUAUAAUGUUUGUCCUUCGCUCCAAUCUAAUUUUACUUACUAUAGAUAUGUGGAUACAUAGUAGUAUAUUAUCUAUCUAUUUUAAAUUUGGAACCAAUAAACGACGCAACGCUCUCCCGAUCAGUCCGUGAGCUCACCCUGGGGUCAUGUCUGAAAAUCAGCGCUACAGUUACUUAGCUGUAGCAUAGAGCUGAGGCAGCGCGUCAUUCAGCCGAAGCCUUAGUAUUAAGUUAGUAUUAAUU